AACGUAUCCAUCUCCCUCCCUCCAUCCCUUCCCCACGCAAUUCCAAAAACCUCAUAAAACCCCUCCUCCCUCCUCAACAUUUCUAGAGAGAGAAAUUUAGAAUUUCAUUUUUAGAGAGAGAAACCAAAGAAAGAUAAUAAUAAUAAUGGGAACUCACCUUCCUGAAGAUUUCAAAUGCCCAAUUUCACUGGAAAUAAUGUCCGACCCGGUUAUUCUAUCAUCGGGUCACACCUUUGACCGUUCAUCAAUCCAGCGAUGGUUAGACUCCGGUCACCGUACUUGUCCUAUUACUAAAUUACCUCUCCCUGAACACCCUCCUUUAAUCCCUAACCAUGCUCUUAGAAGUCUUAUUUCCAAUUUUACCCUCCUUUUUUCUUCGAAAUUACAACAUCCUAACACACCACCACCACCAAAAUCACCAAACCCGCAAACCCUAAUUUCAACUCUUACUUCUCCAUCUUCUCCUCUUAAUUCCAAGCUUGAUUCGCUCUCUCGACUCAUUAGAAUCACAAAGUUAGACCCCUUUCUUCGCCGACAGCUGACUGAGUCAGGAGCUGUGUCUGCUGUUCUUAACUGUGUUAACUCGCCCGAGUUAGCUCUCCAAGAAAAGGCGCUAACUUUAUUACUUAAUCUCUCUCUUGACGAUGAUAACAAAGUGGGUUUAGUAGCAGAAGGUGCAAUUAGGCGUGUGGUAGCGAUAUUGCGAUCUGGGUCCCCGGAUUGUCGUGCUAUAGGGUGCACUAUACUGACUAGUUUAGCUGUUGUUGAAGUUAAUAAAGCUACUAUUGGGGCUUAUCCAAAUGCAAUUCAAGCACUGGUAUCAAUCUUAAGUUGUGGGAAAGGCAGAGAGGUGAAAGAAUCAGCAACGGCUUUGUAUGCUAUAUGUUCAUUUGUUGAUAAUAGAAGGCGAGCUGUGGAAUUCGGGGCUGUGCCUAUUUUGGUGAGAAUUUGCGGAAUGGGGCUAGAGAGAGCUGUGGAAGUGUUGAAUGUGUUGGUUAAGUGUAAAGAAGGGAGAGAAGAGAUGGUGAGGAUUAAUGGGUGUGUUAAGGUCUUGGUUAAUGUGAUUAAGAAUGGGAGUUCUAGAGGGCUUCAAUGUGCACUUUUUACUUUGAAUUGUUUGUGUUGUUAUAGUUUGGACAUUUGUCUGGAAGCUAUAAAAGAAGGAGUUUUAGAGAUAUGUGUUAGAUUGGUAGAGGAUGAGAAUGAGAAAAUAAUGAGGAAUGCUUCAAGUUUGGUGCAGACAUUAAGUGGGUGUCGCUUGGUGGAUUGACGCAUGGUCACUAUGGAGGUGAGUCGGGGGUUUCUGGUUAUGGGUUCUGGAUUUUUGUUUUUUGAUGAUAUGGAUUCUCUCUCUCCUUUGUUGGAUAGUUCUGUGUACAAAUGAAAGGAAAAGAUUAGAGUUUGAUGGGGAAUGCGUCCCUUAUUUAAAAAAAUUUUGUACAUUUCAAUAAAUCAGUCCCUGAAUUCAGACUAGUGUAGUUGAGAAGGUUUCAAUUUGGUUCCUAAAUUGUAAUUUGUCACGAUGUAGAAAUUUUUUAUCUUUAAACCAUUUUAGAUCU